UUAAUAAAAGUGCAUGUACCAAAACAUUAUAAAUAUAUUUUCAUUGCCCUCUGCACCCCAAUAAUUGGACAAGGUCAUUUAGCAGCACAACAUAAUUGUAUGGAAUUAUGAUGGAAAACAAAUUGUUUUCUUUGCUAGGGUGGGGUAGGGUGAGGUGGGAAAGGAAGAAUUAAUGCUUUUUCUUUUUUUUUUCCUUUUUUUUAUUUAUUGAGGAACCAGAGAUUCACACAUACCUAUUUGUAGUUUCUUUUAGAUUGAAAUCAGAGACAGAAACCUCCAGAAUCUUCCAUCUCAAAAUAAAUGAACACCUUUCAGAACAAUACAAGCUACUGUGUGGAUAGAGAAGAGCUCUGGGAUAUGCUAUACAGUGUUCUACCAAUAUCAAUCAUUGUCAUCUGUUGUUUGGGUUUACUAGGGAAUAUAUUUACCCUGUCCAUCUUCCUCUUGUCCAGAAGACGCCUAACUGUGGCAGAAAUUUACUUGACUAACCUGUCAGCAUCUGACUUGGUAUUUGUCAUGGGUUUGCCCUUUUGGGCAGAAAAUAUCCGGGAGCAGUUCAUUUGGCCAUUUGGCCAUGUUCUUUGCUGCAUCAUCAAUGGAGUCAUCAAGGCCAACUUGUUCAUAAGCAUCUUUUUGGUGGUGGCCAUCAGCAGGGACCGGUAUAUGGCUCUAGUCCACACCAUGAGCAGCCAGAUAAGACGUUGCCAGCGACAAGCCCAAAUCAUCUGUGCUUUCAUAUGGUUCUUGGGUGGCCUCCUAAGCAUCCCCACUUUUCUAUUCCGAUCAGUAGAAACUGUCCCAAUUCUGAACAGCUCUUCCUGUAUAAUUCAGUUUCCCCAUGAAGUAUGGUCUUCUAUCAAGUUUAUUAAGAUGAGCAUGGUAGGCUUUGUCCUCCCCCUAAUUGCCAUCAUCUUCUUCAACUCUCAUACCAUAAUCUCCUUGAGAAGUUGGACCAAGACCAACCUACGGAGAUCAGGAAAUGUAAGAGAUACUAAAGCCACCAGUUUCAUCCUUACCAUAGUGACUGUUUUUAUAAUAUGCUGGACUCCAUACCAUUGCUUUGCUAUGCUGGAAUACCUCUUCUGGUUGAAAGCUGUCCAGGGCUGCUUCUGGGAAGAAUUCAUUGACCUGGGCUUGAUAUGUUCCACUUUCUUUGCCUUCCUCAACAGUUGCCUGAAUCCUGUGAUUUACAUCUUUGUGGGAAAGUUUUUUAGGGCCAGAGUUUGGGAAGUUUAUAAGCAAUGCACCACCAGAUGUUCUGCAUUGAUGAAUCCUUAG